AUGCGGGAGCUGGCACGCUGUGGUACUUCUCACCAGCCCCUUCUUUGCAGGCAUGGCUGCCGGACGGUCAUUGCAAGCCGGAACCUGCAGCGGGUGUCGGAGGCCUCUCAAAAGCUGAUUGCAGCAACAGGUCAGCAGUGCCUGCCUCUUUCUAUAGAAGUCAGGCAGCCCCAAACCAUCGUGGCAGCGGUGGAUGAGGCACUGAAAGAGUUCAAGCGAAUUGACAUCCUCGUUAACGGUGCUGCAGGAAACUUUCUGUGCCCAGCCAGUGCCCUGUCCUUCAAUGCCUUCAAGACAGUGGUAGAUAUCGACACCAUUGGCACCUUCAACACUUGCAAAGUCCUCUUUGAGAAAUAUUUCCGGGACCACGGUGGGGUCAUCGUUAACAUCACGGCAACCCUGGACUACCGAGGGCAGGCCCUCCAGGUGCAUGCUGGUGCUGCUAAGGCUGCCAUAGAUGCCAUGACCCGUCACCUUGCUGUGGAGUGGGGACCCAACAAAAUCCGAGUGAACAGUUUGGCCCCAGGCCCCAUUACAGGCACCGAGGGCUACCGGCGGCUGGGUGGGAAAUUUGCCGAGCAAGCAAGCCAGUUUGACGUGAUCCCCCUCCAGCGCGCAGGGAACAAGACAGAGAUCGCCCACAGCACGCUGUACCUGGCGAGCCCCCUCUCCUCCUACGUGACGGGCAGCACCCUGGUCGUGGAUGGCGGGAGCUGGCUGACCUCUGCCAACAGCUUCUCCACCUUGAUGGAUUUCUGGGCUGCAGGAGCAAACAAAAAUCAGUGAUGGACAGCCUGGGAUUGACGGACGGACAGAAACGUGACCGAAUGCUGCUGCUCUGGGACAUCUCGGGGUGACGUCUCCCAGAGUUGGAGCCGAUAGCUGCUGCCUCUGAUCGGCGAUGGUGGUGGUGACGCUGCCGAUCCUGCCUGGGGGAGGGAACGUGGGGGUGCUGGGUGGGGAGCGAGCCCACCCUCGUCCUGUGAUUACUUUCUUCUGAGCUGACGUGGCUGAGGGCGUGGGGACAGCAUGGGGUGGGCAGGCUCUGAUGUUCACUCUCCGUUUCUGUCACCCUCCGAGUUGCUUCCCUGGGCUUUCCCAAGUCUCAGGCAGUGCCGCCCAUGGAUACCCGUCCUCUUCCUCCCCUCUCCCCCACCUCAGCCUGAGUGCUGCCUGAGACCCCUGGCAGCAGCUCCUUUUUGGGAGAGGGGAGUAGCUCAGCCCGUCUGGGGUUGCGAUCGGCCUUCGUGCUGGGGGCAGCUCUUGGAGGGGAGGUGGGGACCAAGCUGCCCCCCGGCAGGGGGGAAUGGCCCCAUCCCCUCAGGGAAGGGGGGGCCCUGGAUGGGGCAGUGGUCCCCGGAGGCUGACGCAGAUGUGGCUGGGAUGUCCCUCUCCCAGGAGCAGAGGUGGUGUGAGGCCGAGUCCCCCCCCCCGAGCUGGCUCUGUGCUGCUGUGGGCUGUAGCACUGUAUCUGUUGGGAGCCCGAGCUGGCCGGUUGUCUGUCCAGCACUCGUCUGUCUGUCACGCCAAUCUCCUGCUGCCUCCUUUCUUUGUACAGACACUACAGCUGAGAGUAAAUCAAGGGAUAGCUGGAAUUCAGUCAUUGCCGAGCAGGGCGCUGAGCUGCCAGGGCUGCACAGGGCUGCUGGGGCCAAACGUGUCCCCUUGGGGGACACCCACCGCUCGCGUGCCGCGGCCUCCUGCUGCUGACGGCAAUUUUUAAGCUUAUCCUGAAUUCCGUGAAGCUUGUUUUCUUACUUGAUUGCAUUUCCUGCUUGUAUGGCAGGCUUGCCAGGUUUUGCUCCUUCCUCCAGGCCACGAAUAAAGAACAUCCACCCUGAGCUGCCACGCUUCUCGUCUGU